CGCCAUGAGUCUGCAGGGGGCUGCGAGAGCCGGAAAGAUGUCUGUUCCCUUGUAUCGCUCCUGUAGUGAACGUCUAUACUCAUAAAAAAGGAACCUGGAACGGGACUCCCCAGGGAUAAGGUGGUAUCAGUAAAUAUCGUGGGGACAGAGAAGCUAGAGGCAGGUAUUCCAGGGAGGUAGCUGUUCUGCAAAUAUGAGGUGUAAACUGGUUCCCCGUGUUCCAGGCUGUCUUGAGCUGGAGCAGCUGCCCGGCUAACCUAGCCUUUGCCUUAGACAUGGCCACUAACUUUUCCUUCUCCAGGACUCGGCCUCGGGAAGGGUUGUGGGCAAGCGUACGAGGACUGUCCCUCUUCUCCCAGGCCGACGCGGGAUAUCCCGGAGCCCCGGGAGAGGCUGCCACUCUGAUGUCUGAAGACACAGGCCCUAAGUCCAGGCUGGCUAUGAAGAGUGACUCCUCGAACCCUGCAGCCCCCCUUAGGGGACUCGGGGCGCCCCUGAGGAGCAGCGAGCCUGUGCGCGCCGCCCCACCUCCGUCGGCGGCCAUGGUUCUGCUGGAGGAGGCUGCAGACCUCUUGGUGGUGCACCUGGACUUCCGGGCGGCGCUGCAAACCUGUGAACACGCCUGGAGGAGCUUGGCCAACGAUGACGCGGGCACCUCCUUGGAGGUGAAAUGCUCCCUGUGUGUUGUGGGGAUCCAGGCCCUGGCAGAAAUGAAUCGGUGGCGGGAAGUCCUGUCCUGGGUUCUUCGGUAUUACCAGGUCCCUGAAAAGCUACCUCCCAAAGUCCUGGAACUGUGUGUUCUUUUAUACAGCAAAAUGCAAGAGCCUGGAGCUGUGCUGGAAGUGGUCAGUGCCUGGCUGCAAGAUCCAGACAAUCAGGGCCUUCCAGAAUACAGAGCCUUGGCAGAACUUCAUCUGCAGCUGGUGCUGCUGCCUCUGGGCUGCUUGUCGGAGGCUGAGGAGCUAGUGGUGGGCUCUGCAGCCUUCCGUGAGGAAGAGCGGCUGGACAUACUCCAGGCCAUUAGUAAGGCAAGGCAACAGCAGAAACUUCAACACUUGGGCUCUGAGGAGGACCAGAAGCUAAACCAGGAAGGCUCCUUCUCCCACAAGUUCCUGUCAUUAAUGGUGUCGCUUCGCCGGCUUUGGUACUGUGCCGUGAGCCACUUCUUUUCCAUGCCCUUCAAAAAGAGCCUCCUGGCUGCCUUGAUCCUCUGCCUCUUGGUGCUGAGGUUUGACCCAGCUUCUCCUUCUUCCUUGCCCUUCCUCUACAAGCUGGCCCAGCUCUUCCAUCGGAUCCAGGAGGCCAUGUUUUCUCUCCACCGACUUCCUAUCCACGACUGAGUGGUCUUUCCCAUUCCACUCAACCUCUCUACUCCCCAGGUCUGCCGUGACAGAAGCAGAGUCACUCAUCUGUAGCAGCCCUCCUGUUGCUGGCUGGGCCCCCAAAGGAGUGGGGCCAGCCCCAAUUCUAGAAAGAGCUGAUCCAUUCUGAUGAACUGAGUUUUGCCACCUGAAUGUUCUCCCUUUUGCACCCCACUUUGGCUGGUGUAGGUAGGUAAUGUAGGAACAAAGUGGGGCCAGAGAGCACAAGUCCUCCAGAAUAAUACUCCCUUAUACCCAGAGGCCCCUUCUGAAGGAGGAGUUUGGGAAAGGAGAGUGUGUCCGUGAAAUAUUCCAUCUUCUUGGCAGAGGCAAGGGAUUGAUUUUUCAGGUCAGGGUGUUAAUGAAGCUGGAAGUUUAGAAAACUCUUGAUGGAAUGACCCUUGGCCUUUCACUUCCGUGGAAAACUUACCUCUGAAAAUUGCCUCACAGGGCAGGCCCUUAAUUAGGCAGAGUGAGGAUCUGAGAGGGCCUCUUAAUUCUCCUCUGUGCUCCUCUGCACCAGAUCUGUGGAGAGGAGCAUAGAGAGGUUAUUUACCGAUACACCAUUCCUGUGGUUUUGCAAUGGGCUUGAAGCUACUUGGACCCUCUUUUCAGACCAGGACGUGGCUUUCAGAACCACCCAGGUGACUGCUGAAAGCAAAGUAAGGCUGCUCUGCUCUUCUCGCUGGGUAAAGUGAUCUUGCUUGGUGCCUCUUGGGCUUCAGCUCAAUUUUCCGGGUUGUCAGUGGCCAAGUCCUGCUCUG